UCGUUGUCUCUACUCAGUCUCUAGUCUCUAACUGUCCUCGGCUCUGUAUUUGACAGCGCGAGUGAUUAACAAUCUAUAGUUCUUCAAAAAUUGCUGUUACGUUUAGAAAUAUUUCAGGAUUUAUCUUUGUAAAUGAUGAGACUCAGCUGGUAAUAUGAUGCUGGGUCGUGGAGCAGGAGGGGAGGGGGUGGCGGCCAUCGAGGUCCGAGGGGCGUUCAAGCGCUACACACCCACCGCUGUCAUCCUUAGAGGACUGAACCUGACUGUACCAGAGGCAACAAUCUAUGGCUUGCUGGGCCCUAGCGGAUGUGGCAAGACGACGUUGCUGCGAUGUAUCGUAGGGAUGACCCGUUUGGACGCAGGUCACAUAUUUGUCAAAGCUGCAAGAAAAAACAAUGUUGGAUACAUGCCACAGGAGUUGGGGCUGUAUGAUUAUAUGACCAUCAUGGAGGUGUUCCAGUUUUAUGGGAAACUAUAUGGUCUGGAAAAAUCUCACGUAAAAUCUAGAGGAAAAGAACUUUUGGAAUUUUUAGAACUUCCAGAAUCAAACAGACUAAUUGGAUCUCUCAGUGGAGGUCAGCAGAGGAGGUUGUCCUUUGCUGUGACGCUGAUCCACGACCCUCAGCUGCUGAUUCUGGAUGAACCAACCGUCGGCAUCGAUCCUGUCCUCAGUGCAGCAAUCUGGGAGCGGCUUUUGGAGAUGACAGCCUGUCAAAGAAAGACCAUCAUCAUCACAACUCACUACAUAGAGGAGGCCCGCCAAGCCAACACAAUAGGGUUAAUGCGGGACGGAGUUCUGCUGUCGGAACAGUCACCUCAGCUACUCAUGUCCUCCCAAGGCUGUGACACACUAGAAGGGGCGUUCCUCAAACUCAGCAGACGACAGGAGUCGGUCAAGUUACCGGAGUUGGCGUAUCCAGAAACUGAAAAGAAAAUCAAACCAGCUUUGGUCGACUCUUGUCCUUACUGGAAAACUAACCGUUUUGUGGCUCAACUAAACAAAAAUUUCCGUUGGAUGACAAAUCAAUUUAGUGGUACUCUGUUGUUCCUGGUGCUUCCGGGAAUAAUUGCGCUAAUGUGCCACAUGAUCCUGAGUCACAAUCCCGGAAGAUACCGGACUCUGGGCAUUGUGUCCCAAGAGUUACCGGAUGGUAUGGACACGUGUAGUAAUCUCACAUACACUGGAUGCGACAGCUACGAUCGACCGUUCACUUGUCUCUUCCUCGACUACUUACACAACGCAACUUUACACACUAUAUUGUACCCCGACUUCGACACAGCGAAGGCUGCUGCUUUGAAGAAUGAAAACUGGGGAGUUUUGUCGUUCAGCCGCAACUACACCUCAUCUUCUCUGCAGCGGAUGAGGACAGACUUGUUCAGCACUCCAAAUGACAUUGUGGAGUCUAGCUUUAUCACUGCUCACAUGGACAUUGAGCAGUGCACAUGGACAUUAGUGAAUCAAAUUCUCUACCUCAGGGAGCAGUUCUACAGUGUUUGUGUGUUUGAUCCUACAGAUAUGUGGGUGAGUAGUUUCCUUAGAAAGGAGGUCCUGGAAGAUGUGAGUCGCAUGAUCAAGGGACUGCUACAAGACUGUGAUAUCGACCCUAAGGUGAUGGACAUUCCAGUACAGUUCAAGACACCAAUAUAUGGCACACCAAAUCCUACAUUUAUUGAGUUCUUCAUUCCCGGUGUAGUAUGCACAUUUGCUUUCUACCUCUCCAUCAUGUAUACCACUGGAGCCAUCAUGUUUGAGAAGACUGUUGGCCUUGAAAGAAGUAUGGUAGCAGGUAUGACCAAGAUAGAGGUAGUAGCUGCUCACUCAAUCGUACAACUUCUGAUCGCUGCUUGUCAACAGACGUUAGUGCUGGGAGUGUUUUACUAUGUUUACGAGUAUGAAUGCCGAAGUGGAGUAUGGAUUAUUUUCUUCCUCGUUAUGAUGCUACAAGUCAUGGGGCUCUUCUUUGGUUUGUUUUUAGGCCUGGGAUUUACAAGUGAACGAGAUGCCACAAAUGCAGGAGUAGGGGCAGUCAAUUUCCUCUUCAUGGUGGCAGGGAUGACAUGGCCAGUAGAAGGAAUGCACGCAGCACUACGCAGCGUCAUCUGGAUGUUUCCUGUGCAGCCCGCAGUAGAAGCAUAUCGUGGUCUAGUCAUGCGAGGCUGGCCUGUCACACACCCUGUCAUAUACAAAGGCUUCCUCUCUACGUCAGUGUGGACAGCCAUCUUCAUCAUCGCUACCAUCGCUGUCACCCGUCGCAACAAAACUAGUCUCUAACAGUUGACAAGCAAACACUCAUUUAGCUUUGGAACAUUGUGUGUGCCCUUGAAAUGCUAUGGUUGAAUCUUUUGUGAUUACAUGGCUGUCUUAUUUAUCUAGAUCGCGGUAAAAAUGAUAGAAAUUGUUUAAAAAAAAAUACUUUACUCGUUACUCAACCUCGUAAUCCUGUGCAACCGGUUAUAGAUAACUGCAUGAUCACAAGGCGAAGUAAGGUAUUGUAACCGUUUAUCAGGUUAAAUUCCUGUUCUGAUUAAAUUUGAAUUAUAAGCAAUGAUGCCUCAAUUUGUCUUUUACUCUAAAUGUAAGAAAUAACUUGGUUGUUGAGAGAUAACUUAAACAACAAUCACUUUAGAAAUCUCUAUUUCCAUGCCAUAUAGAAAUAGAACCCAUUGGAACAACAUUUUCAACUUGUUUGCUGUUCUAAAAUGCACAAUACUACAGUUGGUCAUAGCUCUUUAACUUGUUAACUGAGAACUACUGACCAUUUUUUUGAUAAUGUGACUCAAGUGCUAAAUGAUUUAUAUUUAUCAGGGAUGCUUUGUAUUUUUUUAUGUAUUGUGAACAAAACAUGUUAUUUUUCACUAGUUGUCAUUUUGCUCAAAUUUAUAUUAGUAGGUACAGUAAAAAGAUUAUUUGCUCUUAAUUAUUUAUUAGAAAUAGAAAUAGUAGAGUCUUUAAGACAUAUACAAGCAUUUUAUCAAAGACUAGUUUCCCUAGUAUGGGAUUUUAUGCUUCAUUUCCCUGUGUACAGUUUAUUUUAUUUAUCUCAUGCAGUAUCAUUCACUCAUUCAGUUUAAAAGCUGCCACUCAUUUCAUCAAUGUUGUUAUUGUUAUGAUGGAACGGAACUUUUGUCUAUAAACAAACUUUAAGCUUUAUUCCUUAGUAAUUGUUUCAAUUUGUUUAUGUAAAAUAUAGAUAGAGCUAUUACAUUAUAUACAAGAUCAAAAAUAUAUUUUAAUUUGAUAAGCAAAACUAAAACUAGUGAUUGUAUUUUUAUCAAGUAUUUAUAAAAGAAAAAUAUAACAGAAACAAUAUAAUACUUGUGUAUAAUUACUCGUGAAACUAUUUGAGCAACAAAUUUGUCAUAAUUCCAUGCUGUUGUGACCAAAUAUGUUAUAUUUUCCCAUUAAUAUUAAUAUUGUUAAUAGUAGUGGUGAUCCAAUAUUGUGAUAGUACUGUAAAAUAUCUAAAUAAACUUAUUUUUAAAAACUAA